UUCGACAUCAAUCAUCAUAGAACCAGCUACCGCAAAAUGACACAACGAUGAACUGAAUGUUACAAAAGCUUGAUGUCUGAACAGCAGACGCAAUUCUGUUUUACCAAUGCAGUCAAAUCAGUUAAGAUAUCGAGUGAUCCGCCAGUACAAGCAGCUACUCUUUAUGGGUCGCGAGUAUCCCCGAGGAUACCAGUUUUUUCGAGACAAGCUUCAUUCCGGGUUCAUGAAGAAUAGAGAUCUUGUUGACGCAAGCCAGAUCGAAGAGAAACUGCGGUUUGCAGAGUUCAUCGAGAAAGAAAUCGCAGCGCUUUAUCAUGUGCGAAAGUACAGGUCUAUGAAGCGACAAUACUACAGCGAAGAAUGAGCAGCUGUGCGGUCGCUACACUGCAACGAUGCUUCAGGCCAGAACAGUGAAUACAAUUAGAGCACAGCGUCUGACAUAUUUGCCUGCAACAAAACCCGAGCAAUAAGACACAAAUUGGCUCCUUGUUGUAAACAGUUGAUAGCAAAUGUAUGCUAAGCUACAAACAAA